UAUAUAUGUAUGUAAAAAAACAAACUUUCUGUAUCUCAAAAUGUUUGCAAAAUUCAAGUUGCAUUUAAAAAUCGCAUUUGCGACAACGUCUAACUGAGAAAUUCAAAAACAAAACAAGAAAAAUUUACGUGAAUUUACAAAAUCAACGGCCAAUUAAAGUGUGAAAAACAAAGUGUUUGUAGAAUCAUGUUAACAUGUCAGAUUCUAGUCAAAAUAAGCGAACAGAAAUUGGCCAAAAUACCAAUGGCAGCAGCAACAACAACAACAAUAAUGGCCAAAAUCAUCAUAGAGACAUCAAUAGCCAGACAACAAGUCAAGCCUCAAUUGCCCGUAAUCCUACGGGCGUAGUGCAACAGGUGCAAAGUUGGUGUCAACGUGGCUGGCGGCGUUUAAGAGCAGAGGCUCUAAGACGUACAGCAGCCACAGGACCAGCUGCAGCUAACCCACCACCAGGACCACAACAAACACCGCCGACAACGACGAACUCAAGAGAGCUAAAUGCCAUCGAAGUCCAAGGCGAGGAUAGUUCGUCGUCGAAUGAUAGAACAGAGGCCGAUGGUGGCAUACGGCCGCAACGUUUAGGCAGGGGCAAGCCCCCAAAUCAAUCUCAGACACGAGCCCCAACGAAUUGGAUAACUAGCUCGAGGCGUUACUUAGCGAAAGCCAUUCAGGGCACAUCCAGGAUAACCAAAGAUGAUGAGGAGUUCACCUCAUCGGCUGGCUAUGAUGGGGGCGAUGAUGGAGAGAGGCGUGUCAUAGCAUUGAAUUCACCUCAACCCGUUAAGUAUUGCAAUAAUCGCAUUACCACAGCUAAAUAUAAUGUUAUAAGCUUUUUGCCGUCAUUUCUGUUUGAGCAGUUUCGACGUUAUUCCAAUUGCUUUUUCCUUUUAAUUGCAUUAUUACAACAAAUCCCAGAAGUAUCACCGACGGGUCGUUAUACCACAUUGGUGCCAUUAAUAUUCAUAUUAUCAGUUAGUGCCAUCAAGGAGAUCAUUGAAGAUAUUAAACGUCAUCGUGCUGAUAAUGAGAUAAAUCAUCGUUUAAUUGAUCGAUUAGAGAAUGGCACUUGGAAAACAGUUCGUUGGUCCGAGCUGACAGUGGGUGAUAUCAUUAAAGUGACGAUUGAUUCAUUCUUUCCCGCAGAUCUUAUAUUGCUAUCUUCUAGUGAACCGCAAGCCAUGUGUUUCAUUGAAACGGCUAAUUUGGAUGGGGAAACUAAUCUAAAGAUACGUCAAGGUGUUCCCGCUACGGCAAAGAUGUUGGAAACAAAAGACUUGGCACAAUUGCAAGGCAGAAUAGAAUGUGAAUUACCCAAUCGGCAUUUAUACGAAUUCAAUGGGGUGCUAAAGGAAUAUGACAAACAACCUGUGUCACUUGGCAGUGAUCAGGUGCUGCAGCGUGGUGCCAUGUUACGGAAUACUUCUUGGAUAUUUGGUAUCGUCGUAUAUUCGGGACACGAGACGAAAUUAAUGAAAAACUCUACCUCAGCACCGCUUAAGCGGUCCACAGUCGAUCGAUUGACCAAUACACAAAUUCUAAUGCUCUUCAUGAUCCUCAUUUCGUUGUGCAUAACGAGUGGCAUGUGCAAUUUGAUUUGGACACGCGAUCACGCCGAAACCGAUUGGUAUCUGGGUCUAUUCGAUGAUUUCAAGGGCAAGAAUCUAGGCUACAAUCUGUUGACGUUCUUCAUUCUCUACAACAAUCUCAUACCAAUAUCACUGCAAGUCACUUUAGAGUUGGUGCGAUUUCUGCAGGCCAUCUUCAUUAACUACGACAUUGAAAUGUAUCAUGAAGAAUCGAAUAUGCCGGCCAUGGCACGCACAUCCAAUCUGAAUGAGGAAUUGGGCAUGGUUAAGUACAUCUUCUCAGACAAGACGGGCACAUUGACCCGCAAUGUAAUGAUAUUCAAGAAGUGUUCAAUAGCCAAUCAUGUGUAUAAGCCGGAACGGACACCAACAGAGUCGCAGCUGGUGCAAAAUAUCCUAUCACGUCACGAGACAGCCAAAGAUAUUGAAGAGUUCUUGGAACUACUAGCCGUGUGCCAUACGGUAAUACCAGAGAGAAAAGAGGAUGGUACAAUCAUUUAUCAUGCCGCCAGCCCUGAUGAACGGGCUUUGGUCGAUGGAGCACGUACGUUUGGUUACAUUUUCGAUACCCGUACCCCGGAGUAUGUGGAAAUCAAUGCUCUGGGUGAACGGCGGCGUUACGAGGUCCUCAAUGUGCUGGAAUUCACAUCGACAAGGAAGCGCAUGUCUGUGAUUGUUCGUACACCGGAAGGUCGUAUUAAACUCUUCUGCAAGGGGGCCGACACAGUUAUUUAUGAACGCCUCUCGGCGAGGGAUCAUGCCUACAGAGAUGCAACAUUGCAGCAUCUGGAGGAAUUUGCCUCGGAGGGAUUGCGUACUCUUUGUCUAGCCACGGCCGAUAUACCCGCCGAUGUUUAUGCAGAAUGGCAGGAAACUUAUUUUAGAGCUGCGACAGCCUUGCAAUAUCGUGAACGUAAAGUUGAGGAUGCAGCAAAUCUAAUUGAGAUCAAUUUGCGUCUUUUGGGAGCAACUGCCAUUGAGGAUCGACUGCAGGAUGGUGUGCCAGAGACAAUCGCUGCUCUCCUUGAUGCAGGCAUUUAUAUAUGGGUACUCACAGGCGACAAACAGGAGACGGCCAUAAAUAUUGGUUACUCAUGCAAAUUAAUUUCUCACUCCAUGGAUAUUCUAAUACUAAACGAAGAGAGUCUCGAUGCCACACGCGAUGUCAUACAUCGGCAUUAUGGCGAAUUCAAGGACUCAACAGCUAAAGAUGCAAAUGUUGCUUUGGUUAUCGACGGCAAGACCCUGAAAUAUGCUUUGAGCUGUGAUUUGCGUGGAGAUUUUCAAGAACUUUGCCUUAUCUGUCGUGUGGUAAUCUGCUGUCGCGUAUCGCCCAUGCAAAAGGCCGAAGUGGUCGAACUGGUUACACAGCAUACAAAAGCCGUGACCCUGGCCAUUGGAGAUGGUGCCAACGAUGUGGCCAUGAUACAGAAGGCUAACGUGGGCAUUGGCAUCUCAGGCGUAGAAGGUUUACAAGCAGCAUGUGCAUCGGAUUACUCAAUUGCCCAGUUUCGUUAUUUGCAACGUCUUCUGCUGGUGCAUGGAGCUUGGAAUUAUGCUCGAAUUAGCAAGCUAAUCCUUUACAGCUUCUACAAGAAUGUCUGCCUGUAUGUCAUAGAGUUGUGGUUCGCCCUCUAUUCGGGUUGGUCUGGCCAGAUUCUGUUUGAACGCUGGACGAUUGGUCUUUAUAAUGUUGUAUUCACGGCUCUGCCACCCUUUGCAAUGGGACUCUUUGAGAAAUUCUGUACGGCCGAGACAAUGCUCAAGUAUCCGCUACUCUAUAAGCCAUCACAGAAUGCCAAAUUAUUCAAUGUGAAAGUAUUUUGGAUAUGGAUUUUUAAUGCCCUGCUACAUUCAGUGUUUCUAUUUUGGUUACCCAUGUGCGCUUAUAAAUUUGAAACCAUUUGGAGUGAUGGCAAGACAAGCGACUAUCUAAUGCUGGGCAAUAUGGUCUAUACGUAUGUUGUGGUAACUGUUUGCUUGAAGGCAGGACUCAUUACCAGUUCAUGGACCUGGUUAACUCACAUGUCAAUUUGGGGUUCCAUAGUCCUGUGGUUUAUAUUCCUCAUCAUUUAUAGUCGCUUUUGGCCAACAUUAAACUUUGCCAGUAAUUUUGCUGGCAUGGAUAUACAAUUACUAAGUACACCAGUUUUUUGGCUAGGUCUGCUACUGGUGCCCAUUACUACGCUAUUAAUCGAUGUGAUUUGUAAACUCAUACAUAAUACUGUAUUUAAAACGCUAACGGAAGCGGUCCGGGAGACCGAAAUCCAACGCUCUGAUCCCGCACAAGUAAUGAAUGAAUCUCGAUCUUCGGACUCUGGCUUUGGAUACACGCUUGGUAAACUAAUACACUCCAGUCAUAUCCUGUUAACGCCAAAGCGUUCAAAGACGACCACAACAGGACGUGGCAGUGAAAAGGCGAAACCAAAUCGAAGAAAUCAACUGGCAUCGCAAAUCAGUUUGAAUGCGAAUCAAGCAACGAAUCCUCAGUUAAGAGUUGAAAAUUUGGAUUUCGUUGAGGACAGCGUCGAGCAGCAAUACUUUAGGCAAAGACAACGCUGGCGGGCUGGAUUUCCCACAAUUGUCAGACUCAAUGCUGGAGGGAGCAGUGGCAACGGCAGCGCCGAAGAUAAUGUCGAUAGCCAUGAACCCAUGACUACUCUUCACAUUUAAAUAAGCACUAACUUAAUAAGUAUUGGGGCUGUGGCUAGUAUUUAAUUAGAAUAAUGUGUAUUAUAAGUUCAAAUCGAAUAGUCAAAUUCAUAUCAAACAUUUAGAAAAAUACAUUUAUGUAAGGCGAAAGAAAA